AUGUAUGAACUGGAAUCAACGCUGGUGAGUUUGCCGGCAAUUCACGCCGGUAGCUUCCCGAUAUAUCACCGAAGCUCAAGUUUCAGUAGUUUGAUGCCAUGCUUGACAGAUACAUGGGGAGAUUUGCCUUUAAAAGUUGACGAUUCUGAAGAUAUGGUUGUAUAUGACUUGUUACGUGACGCCGUUAGUGUUGGAUGGACGCCGUUUAACUUCACUGCCGAGGUUAAACCCGAACCGCGGGAAGAAAUGGAGCCAGCUUUGAUUACAGAAGCGGCCACGAGUCAAGUGGUGGCGCAGCCGUUGACGGAGGCUCCAGCUGCGGCGCCGUCGAAGGGGAGGCAUUAUAGGGGCGUGAGGCAACGGCCGUGGGGGAAGUUCGCGGCGGAGAUAAGAGACCCGGCUAAGAACGGAGCAAGGGUUUGGCUUGGGACUUACGAGACGGCUGAAGAAGCCGCGCUGGCUUAUGAUAGAGCCGCUUAUAGGAUGCGUGGCUCGAAGGCGCUUUUGAAUUUUCCGCACCGUGUUGGUUCUAAUGAGCCGGAGCCGGUGAGAGUAACGGCAAAAAGGAAAUCACCGGAGCCGGCUUUAUCGAGUUCGUCGGCUUCGGAAAGUAGCUCACCGAAGAGGAGGAGGAAGAAAGUAGUUGCGGCUGAGAAAGCCGAGCUAGAAGCUGAGAGCCGAUAG